ACCCGUUGUCGUGUGUUUGUGUUUUCACUUGGUCACGUGAGCGGAUAAAUUGCCUGAACUUGGCUCAGGCCUUACCUUACAAUACUAAAACAACCACCAUCAUGUCACUGCUUUUGAAUUCUUUUCGUAGUCAUUUCUUCAAACACCUGUCGUGCACUUCUUUCUCAUCGAUUCGCGGCACCCAAAAUCUCACUUCUCGAUGCGUUUUCAAGCUAAUUGGUUCCACCAGAGACCACCCAUCAAGAAACUUGAGAGAAUUCUUGAAUUCCAGCCCAGUUACUGCAGCAUUUUCCACAUCUUCUUCUGCUUCUGAAACCCCAACUACCGGUUCCUACCUAUCUGUGGAUAUUCAAAGUCGUCAAGAUGUUGCUGAUAUGCUUUCAGAGGCACUUUUGUGUUUUGGUGCUGUUUCAACAAGCGUGUUUGAACCAGACAGCGGCGACUCUAACGAUGAGAUCUCGAUUGUUUCGAUCUUCGAUGUAUCUCAUGACGUGCAUCAAAGUAUUGCACUGGCUGCUGAUUCAAUAGGCUUGAAAGAAACACCAGUUUACAAAGUCACCACUGGUUACCACUCCGAUUGGAUCGAAAAUGCUCGGGAAUCUUUCCAUCCUAUUGAAGUUACAGAAGGUCUUUGGAUUGUGCCUGAAUGGAUAACUCCACCGGACGUCGAAGCAAUGAUUAUAACUCUAAACCCAGGGCUCGCUUUUGGAACCGGCGACCACCCAACAACCAAACUAUGUCUACUAUUAUUGCACACCUUAAUCAAAGGUGGCGAAACCGUUUUGGAUUACGGCACAGGUUCAGGGAUUCUCGCAAUCGCAGCACUAAAGUUUGGUGCAGCCUUAGCCGUUGGUUUCGAUAUAGACCCGCAAGCCAUAACAGCCGCACGUCAUAAUGCUACCUUAAACAACAUAGGACCAGACAAACUGGCACUGCAGGUUGUUCCAAGUAACAUAAGUCCUGCGUCAACCGACCAAUGGCAAUGGGCUAUGAAGAGCGACGGUGUAACGGAGCAUGCUGUGGAAAUUGUUACUGAGAAAGAGAAGUAUGAUGUAGUUGUUGCGAAUAUUCUUUUGAACCCGUUGCUAGAUUUGGCUGAUCAUAUUGUUUCUUACGCUAAACCUGGUGGGGUCGUCGGUCUAUCUGGUAUUAUCUUGGAGCAGGUACCUACAGUUGUGGACCGAUACUCGGAUAUUUUGGAAGGGAUUACUGUGUCACAAAUCGAUGAUUGGGCUUGCAUAAGAGGCACAAAGAGGAAGACCGGGUAGCUGAAGAAAAAGUUCGUGUUUUAUACUUCUAUGAAUGAUUUCAUGUAUUCAAAAUUUACUUCCUUACAAGAUAAAAUUAAAACAUACAUGUUUCUCGUAUUACUGGAAAAGAUGACCAAAACAUGUCUUUUUUUU